GACUUCUUCAGGUGGAAGAGUGAUGUGAGGAAGGAGUUCAAUAGUAAGCGGGGGAAGGGAUGAGCGCGCAACAAGCUACUUCUGUGAUAUUGCUUUUAUUGCAUAGAGCCUAUUCAGCAUGAACAUGGUAUGCCUGUACAUACACUCAUUGGUUGUCGUGGUUCCCGCGUCAUUUUCACUAAAAGGAUUUCUUCUUUAUGGGUCCCGAUUGAUCCACCACGUGCGUCUUCAUCCCAAUGCGGAAGGAGGUGGCGAAGACGUUUCGCCUUUCCCCGCUGCCGUCGUCGUCGUCGAGCAGCGCAGCCAACCUUACUAUCUAUUGGUGCCCGACACCAUGAGCGAACAACAACAAUUGACUUCUCCACCAACCUCGGAGGACAGGAGGAUGGACGAAACAAUGACAGACGAAGGAACAUCGCAUAUGCGUCAGCAGACCCCGCCAUCCCCCAGGUCCAUCCCAGCAGGGACGACGAACGACAGUGACGAAAAGAGCUCUCUUCCAUUGUCCAACGAUACAAAUAGCCUUGCCGGGGCGCAGAAACCAAGGGAAUUACGAUCGAACGCGCAGGCUGCGUACCUCCUUUUCCAACAGGACUACCUGCGGAGUGAACAGGGUUCUGGCGAUCGCAAGGAAGGAGAGGACGAAGGGGACAACGCCGCCGCCGCUGCGUGGAAGCAUCUCCCCGAAGAACAACGGCGGGCAUGGGAACAAAAGGUCGAGGGCAGCGCAUCCGAUCCCCCCGCUGAGGGCGCCGUCGACAAGGAUGGCGAUGUUCAGAUGGGCCAGGAAACGGCGGCGGGGGAUGAGCAGAAUAAUGUGGCGUCGGGGGAGGGGCAGGAAGGACCAGGGGAUGCCGACUCAAACAAGCGCUCGACAAGAAGCGUCGAGGACCCUCGAUAUGAACUCCUAGCUACUCUCAUUGCACAAGGCGUCCCGGGAGAGGAGCUUGGACGCCGGAUGGCGGAAUGGGAGGCGGAGCAUCCUCAAGCGCAACCCCCUUCGGCGGUCGCGAGCGAUCCCCCGCCCGCACCACCCACACAGACAUUCUACGAUUCUGGCUACUCUCGCGCGUCGAUCUACCCGACGUCCGACUCUCGUACGGAACGAGGCGAUCCGGAUGGCGAACAUCGCCAGCGUCCUCCCUCUCCUGGCGCACCCCGAGCCGAUGGUCCCCCCAGUGCAUACCCUCCGCUCCGUACGCGAAACUAUACCGGACCAGAAGGCGGCUUUGUACCUGCUGGAGCCUGGAAUCUCGCAAAUUCAUAUGGACCUCCCCCGCCUGGUUACACAUACUACUCGCCUUUGACCGGAGGACCUCCUGCCCCGCAGGCCGCAUCCGCCGCCUCACCCUCCAAUGGCGCUAGUGCGUCGGCGACGCGCAAGAGGACCGCGCGAGGAGCUGCUAAGCAGGCGAAGGCAAAGUUUGCAGGGAUGGAGGACAACGAUAGCGAUGAAGAUGCAUCCGACUUCGAGGAACCCACCCAGGAUGGCGCAGAUGGUGCGCAAGACCAAGGCUCCAAGGCAGUGCCGAAGCCGAAAGCCAAAGGCAAACGGAAGUCAGACGGGACUACCGCCGCAGCGCGUAAGAAGCAGAAGAAGACCGAUGGCGGCGCUGAGGCUCCUCCCGUUUCCGAGCCCGCCGUCAUGCAAGACGCUACGGCGGCGUCCGCAUCGAACACUGGUCCCUCUGAGCCAAUGCCCAGCAACGAGGGUGACGCAAGCACCUCCUCGCCUUCAGCUUCUGGUAAGAAGGCCAAUCCACGCGUCAAGAACAAAUGGGCUUGCGACUACUGCUCUGCCACCUUUACGCGCAAGUAUGACCGCCAGCGGCAUCUCGACAGUCAGAUCUGCAAGACGCGCUCCGGCAAUGCUAUGGCCGCAGCUUCCCAUCUCACUUCUGCCGACGCGCUGCCGCAAGAGCCCUCCACCGGCUCCACUGUCGUACCCGUACCGCCGCCUCCCAGCGAGCGCGACGUCGAGCGCACGUGCACGAAGUGUGGGCACAUCUUCGCUCGGCGGGACGCGUACUUGCGGCAUAAGAACAGCGACUUCAACUGCGAGACGUGGAAGGGGACGAAGGGGCGUAAGGGGCGCGGUCGACCGACGAAGAACGGGUCGAUGGCGCCAGGACAGCUCGCCGCUGCUGCGGAGGCAGCGGGGAUCACGAUUGAGCAGGGUGGACAGGGUGGAAGUCCAGAGGCCCAAUCGCAGCAGCAACAGCAACAAUCACCGCCUGAGCAUGGUCCACCGCCGGUGGGCCAACCGCUCAUGUUUGCGAAUCCUCUUAUGCCGCAACAUAUGCAGAUGAUGAUGAUGCCGCCGGGUAAGCUUCCUAUGAUCGACUACGCUGAAUCGCUGCUCAUGGUGCGACAGGUGUACAACCGCCUCCAGGUAUGCCUAUGAUCCCAUACGGCCCUCCGCCUGGCAUGUACGGGCCUGUCAUCAUUGAUCCGCGAUACCAUCCAAUGCCGCACCCAUACCACCAGUAUAUGCCCCCUCCACCGCAGGGUAGUCAACAGAACGGC